AUGCCAUCUAAUGACAGCACCCUCCUCAACCGACUUUUCUCCAAACUCUCUAGCAUCUCCUACCUCCCUGACCGCCUCCGCCAAAAGUGCAAGCCAUCCCAUGCCAACGAUCUCCCCAUCACCCGCUCCAGCCUAGCCUUCCACCGUGAACGAGGCAGGAAGCUAACGCAAGACGAGGCUGACGUCCUCUACAGCGGAGCUCAACGAGAUAUUGAGGCUGCUCUUGCUCCUGCUCCUGCCGCUGACACCAGAACAAGUAUUAACCGUGAAGAUGAGGCCUGGUCACGGCACAUUUGGAAGACUGAAAGUACUUCGGGCACAAAUCUACGUGCCAGAUAUGGCAAUGAAGAUUGGAGGCAGGAUUGGGAGCCGAUCCAGAUGCUGCUUCAACAAGGUGCCCAGAGGAGAGUCGUGGUCACGACAAUUGACCGAGAACGACGAGAUAGUGAGGCCGGGACCAAGCAUGACCCUAGGCAUUGCGAUUAUGAUUACUCAGCGGCAAUCAGGGCGCUUGAGGCUAGGGAGGAGCCGGAGCCGGAGGAAGGCGAAGGGUGUGGUGCUGAGGCAUUCUUGGCCAGAGCGGGAGAAAGAUUGGAGGGGGCAAAGAGAGAGAUGAGAAUGGUGGUCUCGAAGGUGGAAUUCGGAGGUCAAGUGAGACGGUUGAGGAAAACCGCUUUGGAUGGUCGCGAGGAUGAGGAAGAGGAGAUAGUGUACUCCGGAGAAGGUUGGAGGGCAAGAGGGGAUGGACAUGUGGUCUGUGGAGAUGCCUGGUGGAAGUAUUCAUGA